ACUGAUGGUUCAGUAGUUCUUGCCCAAGGACACUUCAACAUGCAGACUGGAGAAGCCUAACCGCUGAUCAUCUGAUUAGUGGACGACCUGCUCUACCUCCUGAGCCAAUCAUCAGACCUGAUUUGACUUUACAGUGCACCUCUUCUGAUGAUGGAGCAUUUUCUAUCUGUCAGCCCCUGAAAUUAAAACUAACUGUUACAUACAUAAUUAUACAUGAAGUGUUACAGGGCCGUUUUGGUUGUCAUUUAUCUACAAUAACAAAGAUUGUUAUGGAAGUUAAGAACUUUCUCUCACACACUUGGACUCCUGUGGGCUCUAUCUGUAUGUAAUAGCAGACUUUUUGGAUUUAUUUAUGUGUGUAGUUUAUUGAGAUCAUAAAUGCGUGCUCUGCAUUGGGAAUGUGUUGAAUGGAGAAAAAAAUGUCAGUGUUGAAUAAAUGCCCAUUUUGAUCUUAAUUCUAAUCAGUUCUAGCAGCUUGUCUUCAUUGUUCAGUUCAUGUGAGACAUCAUGAUCUCGCUGUAUGAGCUCGAUGCAGCUGAAUGUGCAUCCUGUGAGGACUCUGUGUAAAUCGUGUCUCUUUAACUGAGGUAUUCUCAGGACGGGGAGGGGGGGUGGAUGGGUUCAUCGGGUUCAUGUAGUAUUGGACGCCUCCUCCCAUUUCAGGUUGGCUGCUUCUUUGGCUCCCUCGGCAAAAGGGGAAGCUGGAAGUCAUAUAGGUGAUGGAAACGGCGUGGAAGUUGUAGUGGAAAUGGUUAAAUAGUCGAGCUUGACGUUUAUCGGGACACAGAAAGUCGAUCAGCUGAAGACUCCAAAGUACCUGCCAUUUUUAGGUCAUUCGAGGCAUCUCGCUAACUUGUUUGUAGCUCCAGCCAAUUGUAUGAAUAAGCCUGCUUUAUUUGCCUGCCAGUCACCCUGUGGAAUGGGGAAAUCGCUUUGUCCUGUGCUGUCUAAUAGUGGAAUAUAAAUCAUGAUGGCUGAUGGAUGUUGCAGAGGGAUGGAAAGAGGCAGGGGUAAGAUUGCAUCAGAUUCUUUACCGAGAUCCGCAUAUACUCAGCAAUAUGUCCAGACCGGAUCACAGCAGCAGGGAAAUGACAUCCAGGAGUUAGCCUCCAAACGCGUCGACAUCCAGAAGAAACGCUUCUAUCUGGAUGUGAAACAGAGUGUCCGCGGACGCUUCCUCAAAAUAGCCGAGGUGUGGAUCGGAAGAGGCCGUCAUGAUAACAUCAGGAAGAGUAAGCUGACGCUGUCCAUGUCGAUGGCUCCCGCUCUACGCUACUGCCUGGGAGACUUCAUAGAUUAUUAUGCGCGUAUCGGACUGCGGGGGGGCCUGGCGCCUCCGCAGCUCGAGGAGCACAGCAACAACGGCCAGGGCCGCGCGCACGACUCCCGCAGGAGAGCGCAGGAGCCGCACACGGUGCUGUCUCCCACCGGCUCUGCGGUGUCCGAUGACCAUGCCCACCGCGUCCUCAAGAGCGAAUUCAUCGAGAGGGAUAACAGAAAGUACUUUCUGGACCUGAAGGAGAACCAGAGGGGUCGCUUCCUCCGCAUACGACAGACCGUCAGUAAAGGACACGGCACUAUGGGUUACUACGGCCAGGGCAUCGAGCAGACCAUCGUGCUGCCCGCACAGGGGCUGAUCGAGUUCAGAGACGCGCUGUCACAGCUAAUUGAAGACUACGGCGACGAAGAGAGCGACGACCGCGGCCGAGCCGGGUCCAGGAACCACGACGACAACCCCGAACUUCCAGAGGCUGCCUCCUUCCGAGUGGACAACAAGAGGUUUUACUUUGACGUCGGUUCUAACCGGUACGGUAUCUUUUUAAAAAUUAGCGAAGUGCGGCAGCCGUACAGGAACACCAUCACAGUUCCUCUGAAAGCCUGGGCUCGGUUCGGAGAGAAUUUCAUCAGGUACGAGGAGGAGAUGCGACGGAUUUUCUCCUGUCACAAAGAGAAGAGGACAGACGCUCGGCAGGACAGUGAGGACCAGGAGGACUGACUUUGGUAGUAGGCUGUCUGUGCUUUUGCAUGCUUUCUAGGGAUUCUGUUAAUUAAGAAAAUGUCCAGGCGUGACAGUAACCCUUAAACCUCCCCGUCAUGUCCUCCACGUCCCCACAAAACACCGAUGUUCAGUUUUUUUGUUGGUUUGUUUUUUGUUUUUUUGGCUCAUCUGCUGAGGGCUGUAAACUACAAAUUUGAACCUGCCAAGAAAUCAUUCAUUCACAGCCCGAUGCUUAUCUGUUCAAUGAAAAACGUCAGCUGUCCAUUUUCAGUCAGUUUCAUUCUCAGUGCUACUGUCAGGCAGCCCAAACAGAUUUAACCUCCCUGAAUCACCACCACCUUAAAUUUCAGAGUGCAAUGAUGUAAAAUAGCAUUUGUUUCAUUCAAAGUGACAUUGAAGGUUAACCCUGGUGGUAUUAGGAACAUGGUGCAGGCCUGGAAACCACUUGAAUAUUUAGCCUCUAAAGCUCAUUGACUUUAGCAAAAUCAUUCAAUGAACUCAUGUACAACAGAUGAAGUGAAGAGCUCACAUGUGGGGGUGCCUUCUGACCACUGAGCCCCGAGCAGGACCUCAAUGCUAGACUGUCAACACAUGCCAGCUGCACCCACUGCAGAGAUAGAAAAAGCAGUCGUGGUACAAUAACCGGGUUAGAAUGCAAAUACAAUUAUAACACACAAUAUUAAUUCAACAACAAUAAUAAUAAUACUGCAGCACACACACACACACACACACACUUGUAGAUGUUGCCAUGUAGAGGUUAGGACUUCACAUUAACAAUAACUGAUAAAAAUGAAUGUAGACUUUUCAUUCAUUUCAAUGACAAACUCUUCCUGCAGUGCUGUUGAAUGACCAGACCAGGUAGAAUCCCCUGCAUUGUGUGAAACAUAGCAAAGUGCUGAUUUGAUGCUCAUCUUGGCAGCAUUGAGAUGAAGCGAGAAAUUCAACUUGUAGUGCCAUAGAGUUCAGAGUACGAGGGGACAGAGUGCUCUGUGGUGGCCUGGUUUUUGAUAAGCCCUCAGACCAGACCUUCUCGGUAUUUGAGCUUUCAUUUCCUGUGGCAGCACACCAACACAGCCACUCUGCUGCUCUGCUGCAGUGGGAAAGUACCAAACCAUUUACGAAGUUGCAAAGGAGACUAAAUGAAUCUGAAACUUACCAACCUGCUUACACAUUUCCUUUAUCGUCUUAUCCAACAUGGGCACGCCGUCCACAAACGCAGGGCCAUGUUUGUGUUUCAUUGAGAUGAUUCAUUGAGCUUCUUUUAGUCUAGAUGGCUAUAUAAAUAUAUGUUUGAAAAGAUGUCUCUUCUCAUCAUCCAACCAUUCAGUGGAGACAGAGAAAAUAACACUGACAGUGACUGCUGUCUGAAAAGACACACAGAUCUCAUUCUUCUUCUUCUUGUGUAAUGCUAUAGUUACAUGAUUUAUACUAUAUGGCAGUUAUAGCUCAGAAUAACACUUUGUGUGUUGAGGGAAAGGUAUUUUACAUGUGUUCUGCUGAACACACAGUAGUCAUAACCGUAUGCAGCAUGUAUUCCGUGGCCACACAAUGGCACAGUGGUGUUUGACCUAAAUUGGCUUUGCACUGAAACUUGGAUGAACUUAUUUUUCGAUUUGCUCAAUAAUCGUUGCCAUUUCUUAACAAGUAUCAUUUCUUCCUCCCACAACUGUGACAGAGACCUGUUGUUUCCAAACGUUUUGGUGUGACCUCUGAGAACAAAACAGUAUGAGUAUACGAUGUGUGAACAGUUCACCAAAGAGGAAUUUCCUUCUCAGACAACUUUAUUUGAAGACGAUUGUUUUAGUUUAAAUUUUCAGUAAUAAGCAAAAAUUUGAACAGUCUGAAAAAAAACAAUAUAUAUUUUUUAGAUUUUCUGUCAUUAAUCAUCUUGUAAGCCUUGAGACCAAUGUUGCACCCGUUGGGGUCCUGACCUCCAGGUUGUCAAUCACUGAUGUAGACUGUCCCAACAGCACUUCUAUAGUGAUGCCUUUAAAAAACUGAGAAUUAUAUUUGAUAUUACUCCAUUACACACCCCUCCGACCUUUAUGCACUUAUAAUGUUUGAAAAAUGACAUCAAAAUGAGUUCCUGCGGUUAUACAUUACACCAGUAGCUCCAGCAUGUGCUGCUUAAUGUGUCGGGAAAUGAUUUGAUUUGAUUUAGAAAUAUAAGGUGCUAUGAAAAUGUGUUAACACAUUUUCCGUUUGUCAUAUAAAGCUGUAGGACAGCUCACAUCUAUAGAUCUGUGUUUCAAACAUGACAUAAACAGAGAGGUGAAGGUAGAAAACAGUCUUGUUACCUUGAUAUCAGCAUACAUCUCAUUGGUACACUGGGUAGAGAAAUGAGUGGUAGCAUAGUUAAGGGCUCAACAUCCUGCUCAAACAGGUCUUUAAAGCAUCUUUGUACCAGUGUACUUGCUUCUGCGGAACCGUGAAUUUGACCUUUCUCUAAUAUCUGCUAAGGAACUGAUGAAGUUGUCUUAAAGUGUUUAUGUCUUAUGUGUUCUUUUUGGCUGUGAGUCCCUAAAAUCCAUGAAGUGCUGCUUCUCCAUUAGAACUUGAAUGGCAGUUUGGCCUACAUUGAGCUGUGUAUAUACCCUAUGUGACCUGCAUGAAAGAAGAGCUGUCACUCAUGACAAAGAGCCCGAUUCAGACUUGACUUUAAACGUUGCACAACUACAUUUGGUAUGCUCUGCUGAUUCCAAACCUUGGAGUCAGUACAAGCUGAUUUAAGGUCUUCUGUAAGAUCAGACUCUGAAGUGGCCAAAGCCAACAACUCACUACCUUUUUUUCAUAAAAGUAACAAUUAAAUAUGUAUUCCAGUAAAUUCUACACGCCUCAAAAAUUUAAAUUAAAGUAUAAUCAACUCAAAGACAGAACAUUUGAAUGCGCAAUGCAGUCGAUUUAUCUGUGCUAAUUGGAAUAUCAUUAAAUGAAGAGUGAUAGCAACUAAAGUAGGCUACAUCAGUCAAGUAAUACACAUGGUGUGGUAAACACAACCAAAGGCCGCUCUAUAUUUAGUCUAGUUUCAAAUACUUUGCUGUUCUACUAAUGUAAACAUUGUGAAAACUUUAAGAGCAGCACAGCAGUGAGACAAUGCACAUCACCAAAUUUAUCACAGAUAAAGUGAUUAGUGAUUAAAGAACAUCUGCAUCUGCAUCUGAUCAUCAGUAUGAUCAGAUCACACAGGUUUCUUUUAAACUAUCAUGUAAGAAGUCAGAUUGCCUAGCAGUACAGCCGAGAUCUCAGACCACAGCACUUCAAUGCCUGCUACAGUCUUUAUAGACCCGCUUGUCCAGACACUGGCAAUGCUCAUAGAAAGGGCAGAUUUUAUAACGUGGCUUACCUAGUACAGUACAUGUAUGUAAAGACAUUUCUUAUAGACAAUAUUUUUAAACGAUGAGCAUGGAAAACACUUUUAUCUGGUGGUGAAAAGUGUAUAUUGCACAGUUCGAAUUUUAUAUCAGCAUGCAAUUCUGAGCUGCAGCACCAAGGUUCUAAUUGAGCCUUCUUGCACUACUCCAUAUUAGAAACGAAAUGAAACAACUAAUUAUUAAAGGUAGUGUAAAAUUUUAUUAUAAUCUUUAGUCCACUUACUGUCUGAGCAAAAGCAACUUUCAAAUCAUACACAAGCCUCAGAAGUGUCUGAGUCCGGCUCUUUGUCUCAGUGUAACUCUACAGUGUACUGACUACUGUCGACUAUAAGUUUAAUGUUGAGAUGUAAUGAAAUGACUGGUCUUGGUGUAGGAGAUAAAAAAAAAAAAAAUGCAAAAACCGUUCAGAAAAAUUUGUGUUAAAAGAUCUGUACUGGUGGCAGCCAAUUCUUGUGAUGCCUUUAGGUGCGUGAAAAGCACAGGACUAGUUGGGUUUUGUGUGUUUGUUGUUUAGUGUAGGGCGUGAACUUUAAUGAUUCAAUAAGUUCUUUUAUUUUUUAUAUAAAUGGCUAAAGUUAUAUAAAGCAGUGUAGGAAGUAUAAUUCAAAGCACAAUUUAUUUUAAAAGAUGUGGAAUUAGAAUAUAAACUCAGUUCUUUACAUUGAUUUGAUCCAGCAUUGAUGGUUAGUGAAUUUGGCUUGAAAGGCAGAAUUUCUCAAAGAUGAAAUCUUGUCUCAGCCAAGAUAUUAAAAUAAAGACAUAGUAUUUAUUCUCUUGAAAGCUGAUUAUGAAUUCCUAAAAAAUAUAAUGUCAUAUGUCUUUUGAAUUCCAAAUAUCACUCCAAAAAGCACUUUAAAUAAAAGCUGCACUUUUGUUCUGCUGCUUUAGAAUCAGUUGAUGUAGAGGGACCACUUCUAUCCAUGCCUUUGAUGAAAAGUGACAAUCAUGGAUCCCUGCUUCUAGAAUCUGAUGAGCUGCAGUUACACACAACUCCCAUCAUGAUCUGUGCCCCUUUCUGUCUGCUUCUCAUUGAGGUGAUAGUCUGGAGUUGAACAACUUAAUGCUAACGCCAUAUUAAAUAAUCAUUGUCAGAUGUACUGAAACAUUAGUCUAGUCUCAAUGGUUGUUGUGAAAUGAGCACAGAAUUUGAAAUGUAGAUUUUAUCCUGUGGUCAUGAACAAUGUGAAGAUGGCCUUACUAUGAACGGGAUUGUUUGGCGGCAGCAAACAACUGUGUGCUGUCUGUCUGAUCCAUGUCCUGUUAUCAGCAAAUUAGGUCUCUGUUAACACUAAAUGGAUUUACAACAGAUAAUUAUGACAGCUAUCCAUCUGCGGAGUAAUGUGAGGAAUAUUUUUGAAUUUUAUGCAUACGCUGCCGUCCAUUUGUUCUGCUUAGUUUGGACUUGAUGUGACUUGAGCACAAACAGCACCUUAACUAAAAGCUAGUGUUUUUUCAUAGAAUUCUUUGGUUUGCAAUCAAAAUGACUAACUUUUGUAUCAUACACUAUCAAAAAUAUCUUCAUCUUGGUGAAACCAGAUUUUUCCCUUUGGAACUACUUUGUGGUUGGGAGCAGACAUUUCAUGGUAUGGCCUUGUGCUCAUUUCACAGCAUUGCAUGAGACCAAGAUGAAUGAGUUCAGGAUGAGAAGAAAAAUUAUCUCAGUUCUACAGCGUCACUCUAAUUUCAUACUUUAUACUUCUGUAUUUUCUGUAGAAUCCAAAUGAUGUACUGGAUGGUAGUGGUGGAACCCUCAGAAGAAGUUUCCUUAUUGUUGGGGAAUAUGUUAUACUGCAAAGCUAAAACCAUUCUGAAGAAAGCGAGUGAGAUUUUGUCUCAAACUAAUCACCCUGAUUUAAAAGAAUAACAGAUCUGAAAUCCAAAUUCUAAUUUAAAUACAUAAUUAUGGUACAAAUGCUUUGUCUGUAUUUAUCACAAUGUUAGUCUCAUUUGCAUAAUAAAAAUUGGCUAUUUAAUAUUUCA